AGGUUUGUAGCGGUACUGGCGGAGGGUGUGACAUUGUUUUUGGUAACUCGAUAAACCCAGUGGUCUACCCUUCACGUGUUACGGCAACUAGCUGCUAAUUCCUCCAGUGUUCUCUCAUUCACUUAAUGUACCGUGACAUUAAUGGUCAAUAAACACAAGAAUUCAGUCGACUCAGUGCCCAGUGUCCACUCGUCGGCCCCACAGUCCGAUUGCCUCAAGGGUGCUGACGGCGGCGCAUUGUGAAGUAAAGUGCUCUUUGUCAGACUCAGACACGCAAGUUACACGGACCACCAAGCAUCGCCACACACCACAGCACGACACUACCACCAUCACUACACACCAUACUAAGUCAUCCUUGGCGCACCGACCUUCUCAGCCCCUGACUACUUAGGAAGAACAAAGAAGUAACUGAAGAACAAAAGAUGAGUAAAAAUGAAAAAAUAAAGAUAGGUGGACAGAAAGUAUCCAAAAACGUAGCUGAGGAUAAGAUGGCAAAGAAAAAAAAUGCUAGAACUGCAAAGAAGCUAGACAAAAGAGUUGUGAAAAGAGAAAUUGAAAACGAUAAUGUAGUUGAGAGAAGAGAACCACCAAAAAAGCGGAUAAAAAAAACCACUGACAGUCCUGCACCUCAUGACAGCCAGCCACAGGCCACCAGUGGCAAGAGAAGAAGGGGUAAGAAAGUGGCCAAAAGUGACACUGAAGAACCAAGUGAAGAUAUAAAGGCAGUCAAGAUUGAAGUAAAGGGGGAAACUGAUGCACCUACCAAGAAAUUCAAGAAAGGAGAGGAUGUGCCAGUCCCUCGCCCACUUAAAUAUGAGAGCCUGGGAAGCGGUCCCCCACCUGUACCUUUUACAGGGCGAAAGUACAUGGGGUCUCAUGUCUCAGCUGCUGGUGGAAUCUGGAAUGCCUUUGACAAUGCCAAGGAAUGCAACUCAAAAUCAUUUGCCAUCUUCCUUCGCAACCAACGCCAGUGGAAUGCUAAGCCACUGGAUGAGGAAACUGUUCUCAAGUGGAAGGAGGUUGGGAAGGACUUUGCUCCACACUUGAUCCUCCCACAUGGUUCUUAUCUCAUGAACCUUGGCUCCCCUAUGCCUGAGGUGUUACAGAAGAGCCGUUGUAUGCUGCAGGAUGAACUCAAGCGGUGCCAGCGCCUUGGCAUCCCUCACUAUAACUUUCAUCCAGGCUCCACCACAGGGAAGAUUACUCGAGAGGAGUGCUGCAAGACCAUCGCUGAGAGUAUCAACAUUGCCCACAGCCAGACUGAGGAUGUGAUCUGUGUGCUGGAAAACAUGAGUUGUCAGGGCUUCACAAUUGGGGGUGACUUCCAUGAGUUGCGCCUCAUCAUAGAGCACGUGAAGGACAAAUCACGUGUUGGAGUCUGUCUGGACACCUGCCACUCACAUGCUGCAGGAUAUGACCUUUCCACAGAAGAAGGGUUCAAAGAGUUCUCUGAGGACUUUGAAAAGAUCAUUGGAUGGCAGUUUCUUCGAGGACUCCACAUUAAUGAUUCUAAAGGAAAACCCGGUGACCACCUGGACCGUCACGAGAACAUAGGCAAGGGAACCAUUGGCCUGGAGGGCUUCCGGCGAGUGAUGAAUUGUGACCACUUCAAUGAUCUUCCUCUUAUCUUGGAAACCCCCUGGACCAGCAAUGCAGGCUAUGCUAGUGAGGUGAAGAAGUUGGAGUCGAUUAUUAAGAAAUAGUGAUGAUGGUGUGACAGUAUCUAUGGUUAGUUGAUGCAGGGCAGGGCAAGAUUGAGUCUCAGGUUAUUUUUCUAUAAACCAUUAUCAUUGAGGUGAAGAAAUGAAGCUUGAUGAAGAGAGCUUAAGACAGUAAUUAAAUUAAUAUAUGAUAUUGGGAAGUAUUAUCACUUUGUAAGUCAGGAUAUGCUCACUUUACAUAUAAGAUAUUUUUCUACAUUUGUAGUUAUUAAUUGAUAUAGUAUGUAGUUGACAUUCAUUUCAAAUUGGGGUACCCAUAAGAAUGAUGAUUUAUAGGAGGUUGUUCCCUGUCCCCUUUCACCCUUCUUUUUAGUCAUCUUUUGACACACUGCUGAGUGUGCUGUUAAUCUGUGUCCUUUCUACUAAGGAAAAAUUUACAUACAUUUUGUAUUAGUUUGUGCCUUUUGCUUUUGUGAUAUGAAGAUAUGCAUCAAUUCAUUUUGUCAUUUGGAAUAAACAUUAAAAAUCAGUGGUUACUAA